AUGACUGAUAGUGAAAAGACAGAUUUUGAAGUCAAAGCAGCUACAGUGCAGACAGCAAGUGCAACUCAAAUGCUCUAUGAAGCUGAAGAUCUCACUAAAGAAAGUCUUAACAGAGUUAUCUUGAGCAUGAAGAUGCAGAGUGCUACUGUCAGUGUGAUCAUAGCAAAAUCUCUGAACAUUUCUACUAUUACACUCUUGCAAGAAAAGCAGCAAAGUGACACUGAUCUAUCUAUAAUCUUCAUAAGACAUUGA